UUCUUUCUCCCACCAAUCCACCAGAGACUCUCUCCUCUUCUCUCUCUCACUCUCUAAUUGUUUCCUUUUCAUUCGUUUAUUGUUUGUUGGUUUGUUUUUGGGGUCUCCAAUGACAGGCCCAAAUAUGGCGACGAUUACAGCAUCAUUGGAGCAGUCUAUGCAGAACUGCUCUCUUAACCGAGACGGCAGCGGCGCCGGCGGUGGCGUUGGCCUUGGCCUGUCGGCCACUUCAGAUGAACCGGAGAAUCUGACGAACACCGACACCGCCGUGGAACUAAAUUCUCACGUCGCUCUUCCUUACGAGUGGGAGCAAUGCCUCGAUUUAAAGACGGGGGAGCUUUACUACAUAGACUGGCAGAAGGGGACGAAAGCGAAAGAAGAUCCACGGAAGAAGACAUCUAGGGCUUGUGUUGGUGUUGGUGUAGAUUUCUAUACUGAAGAAGAUAGCUCAUCGUAUGGGUAUGGUGGGUAUGGGUAUGAAUAUGACAGCGAGGGUUCCUCUUCCACCUCCACGCCUUCACCUUCACCAUCAAGGGACGAUUACCGCUACGAAGGAGAUCAUGUUCUUGUCGUCGCCGGCUGCAAGAGAUGUUUCAUGUACUUUAUGCUUCCCAAACAGGUCGGAGAGUGUCCCCAAUGCAACGGUCUUAUCCUUCACUUCGAUCGAUCCGAAAACGCCUCUCAUGAAAUUUGAUUCCCUUUUCUCGUUUUUCUUAAUUUUCUUCCUUUCUGACUUCUUCUUCUUCUUUCAUGUGGUUAGUUGGAGUAUUUCCUCAUUAAGUGAUUAUUA